GCUCACUGGAAGUCAAAUGAUUGCUAAUGGCGGGUAUUGUACGAAACACGCGUAUUUUAUGCUAUUGUUUGCUCACCGGUCGUGCAGACGCGCAGUAGUGCUUUCAGGAAAGUAGUCACUUGUGCUUCGGCCACUUAUCAUUGAUGGAAACAGCGCAGGAGCAGAGUAAGAGGAGUUUGUAACUGUUUUCUAAUACCCUCAUGUGGCCGCGGCUCUCUGUGAUGUCAAACUGAAAGUGAACAGGACGGCGGCGUGUUUGACUUGAACAUAUUAGCUUCAGGCUAUGCAAACUCUCAGGGACGUCUGCUUCGCUGCUACGGUUCCACAGCUGGACAAAGCGUAAACCUAAUGUGACAAAGAAAGUUCAGCUACUGAAAGAGACUUGUCCGUUCAUUUGACCGUCGGUUCCAUUGCUAAAAAAACCUGCUUGGGCAGCCUCUUGAACCGGAAACGAUGCUCAAACUGUUUGUGUUGUUGUUACUGACCGCCAUCGAGGUGGAUGGCUCGUCUAAACUAAAUAUUCCCAAAGUGUUGCUCCCGCUCGCCAGAACUACAAGAAUUAACUUCACUCUGGAGACCACGGAAGGCUGCUACAGAUGGACGUCCACCAGACCUGAAGUAGCGAGCAUCCAGCCUGUGGAUGAGGAUGGCGCCAGAGGCUGCUCUCGCAGUGCUGUCCUGCAGGCCCUGUCCACCCAGCCCUCCAGACUGACCAGCAUUAUCUUAGCUGAAGAUGUUGUUACGGGACAGGUCCUGCGCUGUGAUGCUAUUGUCGACAUCAUCAGCGACAUCCAGAUAGUCUCCACCACCAGAGAGCUACAUCUGGAGGACUCUCCGCUGGCUCUUAAGAUUCACGCACUGGACUCUGAAGGAAACACCUUCAGUACCCUUGCCGGUCUGGUUUUUGACUGGACCUUAGUGAAAGAUGUAGAUGUGAACGGAUUUACUGACUCCUACAAUUCAUUACGGGUGCUCAAAUUUUCUGAGUCCACAUACACCCCUCCUGGAUACAUUUCAGAAAUGGAGCGAGUUGGGAAACAGGGUGAUAUUAUCCUGGUGUCAGGACUGAAAACAGGACACGCAAAGCUCAAGGCCAAAAUACAAGAACCACUGUACAAGGAUGUGGGUGCUGCCGAGGUGAGACUGCUCAUCUUAGAGAACAUCCUGCUGAGCCCUGCACAUGAUGUCUACUUGCUGGCAGGAACUUCAAUCAGAUACAGAGUGCUGAAGAUAAGACAAGGGACGAUCACAGAGCUGUCCAUGCCUUGUGAUCAAUACGAACUGCACCUCCAGAACAGUGUGGUUGGCCCUAAUGGAAACCCAGAUGUUGCCGUGGCCAGCUUGGACCACAGCACCUCCACAGUUACAGCUGUUCAACUGGGACACAUUAAUGUGGUGCUGGAUCAUAAGAGCCUUCUGAUGCAGGGAGUGUCUCGCCUCCCCAACAGCACUCUCUUUGUUGUUGAACCAGCCUACCUAGGUUUUAAAAUCCAUCCAGGAGACAGCUGGGUUCUUGAAACGGGCAGAGUGUACGAUAUUCUCAUUGAAGUGUUCGAUAAAUCCAGCAACAAAAUUUAUCUGUCUGAUAACAUCCGCAUCGACACCGUGUUCCCUGUGGAGUAUUUUGAGAUCCUACAGUCCUCUCCAAAUGGAUCAUAUCAUCACGUCAGGGCCCUCAGAGAUGGCCUGACUCUCAUCGACGCAACGCUGAAAGCGGUUCAGGAUGAAAGAGGAAGGGUCCAUGCGUUGGCCAACCCCGUUCACAAUGAACAGGAUGUGGAAAUUUAUAACCCCAUAGUCCUCACUCCCAGUAUUCUCACCUUUCCAUGGCAACCGAAAGUUGGGGCUUAUCAGUAUACAGUAAAGGCGACAGGCGGGAGUGGCAAUUUCAGCUGGUCUUCAUCCAAUACAGCUGUGGCCACAGUGACCGUGAAAGGAGUUAUGACCACAGUCAGCGACAUUGGCGUCACCACAAUUUAUGCUCACGAUCUGCGUAACCCUCUCCACUUUGGUCAAAUGAAGGUGUAUGUUGUUGAGCCUGUAGCCAUGGACUUUGCUCCUUGCCCAGUAGAAGCCAGGUUAGGUCUGGUUCUGGACCUGCCCCUCAGGAUUUUUGGCCCGCUGGAGGAGCUGGAGAGAGAGCGGGUCAUGUUAAGUGACUGCUCCCACUUUGAUCUGCUGGUUGAACAGGAGAACCACGGGGUCUUUGAAUUACUAGAUGGGAGGCUGGCUCCAGGCCAGAACCACUGCAGUGGAGUUCGAGCCAAGGCCCUGUCUCCUGGGUACACAGUGCUUACUGUCAGCUACACUCAUGGCAACAUUCACCUCAGCGCCAAGAUCACCAUCGCUGCCUACCUUCCUCUCAAAGCAGUUGAUCCCGUGUCCGUGGCUGUGGUCACUCUGGGAUCCUCUAAGGACAUGCUGUUUGAGGGUGGCCCACGGCCCUGGGUUUUAGAACCUUCAAAGUUCUUCUGCACUUCGAGAGCUGAGGACGAGUCCAGCCUGAGCCUUACUCUGACCAGUCCCUCAUCCCACAACUAUAACCAGCACUGGCUCCGAGCGACCUGCAGGGCUCUGGGAGAGCAGGUGCUUGAGGUGACGGUGGGGAACAAGGCCAGUGUGACCAAUCCAUUUCCUGCUGUGGAGCCAGCUGUGGUGAAGUUUGUGUGUGCGCCUCCAUCACGCCUCACUCUGGUUCCAGUUUACACGAGUCCACAGCUGGACCUGAGCUGCCCACUGCUGAAACAGAACAAACAGGUGGUCCCUGUUUCAAAUUAUCGUAACCCCAUUUUGGACUUGGCAGCUUUUGAUCAACAAGGAAGAAAGUUUGACAACUUUAGCUCCCUGAGCAUGUUGUGGGAGUCAUCGAGGCCGUCUCUGGCCAGUAUCGAGUCCAGUAUGCCCAUGGAGCUACAACCAUUAGAAGAUAACAAUAAACAGAUGAAACUCCAUGGUCGUCAGACGGUUCUCGUCCAUCAGCAGACGGGGAUAGCAGCCAUUACAGUGACGGCUCUUGGAUAUCAGGUCCCACAUCUAGCAGCAGCCAAAGUUCCCAGUCCAUACGACCCGCUCACUCCUGUCUCUGCCACACUGGAGCUUCUCUUAGUUGAAGAUGUGAAAGUUUUUCCUGAUACUGUGACUAUUUACAACCACCCAGAUGUUCAGUUAAAUCUGGCCUUAAAAGAGGGUUCAGGCCACUUCUUUGUCAACACCAGUGUGAAAGGGAUCGUGAAUGUGCUUUUCCAAGAGGCCCAAAGCACAGCUCAGGUUUCUCCAGUCCAUCCAGGCACGGUGAAAGUGAUGGUUCACGAUCUCUGUCUGGCCUUUCCAGCUCCAGCUGAAGCCACAGUUCAUGUUUCUGACAUCCUGGAGGUUUAUGUGAGAGUGGUUGACAAGGUGGAGAUCGGGAAAUCUGUAAAAGCUUAUGUCAGAGUCUUGGAUGGUAAUAAGAAGCCUUUCCCAUCCAACUAUUUCCAGUUCAUGAACCUUAAACUCAAGGCAGCUUCUGCGAUAGUUUCUCUCCGGCCGUUAGCAGAAUCCACAGAAAGUGACACAGCAGUGUUUCUGGUGAAGGGAGCUGUUAUUGGUCAGACUACUCUGUCAGCUGUUGUUGUGGAUAAAAACGGAAGAAAAAUUGCCUCUGCACCACAGCAAAUUGAGGUCUUUCCACCGUUCAAACUCAUCCCAAGGAAAAUGACUCUGUUAAUAGGAGCGAUGAUGCAGAUCACAUCAGAGGGUGGUCCUCAGCCUCAGUCCCAUAUAAUUUUUUCCAUUUCCGAUGAAGACAUAGCUUCUGUUAAUGCGAUGGGUCACGUUAGAGGUGCCCAUGUCGGUAACGUUACAGUAACGGGGCUGGUCCAAGCCGUUGAUGCUGAGACUGGGAAGCUCGUCAUCGUCUCUCAGGAUCAAGUAGAGGUAGAGGUUGUGUUUUUGACGGCCAUUCGAAUCAGAGCGCCUAUUACAAGAAUGAAAACAGGAGCACAGAUGCCGGUAUAUGUGAUGGGGCUGACCAACAGUCAGACUCCCUUCUCCUUUGGAAGUGUUCUGCCCAGUCUCACCUUCUACUGGUCCACCACCAAGAGAGACAUUCUGGACGUCCAGCCCAGGCACUCCGAGACCAACGUCAACCUUCAGCCGGAGCACAACUUCGCCAUGAGAGUAACGGGAAGGAUGAGGGGUCGGACCGGGCUGAAGGUGGUUCUCAGAGUUACCGACCCAAAGGCUCAGCAGCUGCAGGGGAGCCUACAGGAGCUCAGUGAUGAAAUCCAGAUCCAGGUCUACGACAAGCUGCAAGUGCUCAGUCCUCAGAUACAGGCUGAGGAGUUACUGCUGGCUCCAAACUCAGUCCUCAAACUCCAAACGAACAGGGACGGCGUGGGUGCGCUCUCCUACCGGAUGCUGGACUUGCCCGACCAGGUCGUCGUCACCCAGGUUGACGAUAAAGGCCUCCUCUCCUCUGGCUCCCUCACUGGCAUCUCUUCUCUGCUGAUCACCUCGCAGGAGACGUUCGGCGUCAAUCAAACGCUCAUCCUCACCGUAAAGGUGGUCCCUGUGUCCUAUAUCCGCUUCAGUGCCGGCCCCGUGCUCCACACCCAGACACGAGAGGGCCUGACUGCCUUUCCCCUGGGAAUGCUGCUCACCUUCACUGCACACUUUCACGCUAGCACCGGAGAGGCUCUUCACAGCUCCAACUCCCACCUUACGUUUUCUACCAACAGAGAUGAUCUUGUGCAGGUGGGGGUCGGCCCCUCUAAUCACACGCUGACGGUGAGAACCGUCAACGUGGGUCUGACGCUUCUCGCAGCGUGGGACAACGAGAACAUGGGCGUGGCAGAUUACGUUCCACUUCCUGUCCAGCACGCCAUCUACAUGGACGAGUCCAACAAACUGGUGGUGGGAGACGUGGUCUGCUUCCACGUCCAGUUAACGAGCCCAGAUGGUGUUCACGGUACAUGGAGCUCCUCUGCAGACGGGGUACUUCAGGUGGACCCUAAGAGUGGUGCGGCUGUAGCCAGAGACUCUGGGACCGUCACUGUAUACUAUGAAAUACCUGGAGUUUUGAAAACCUACAGAGAGGAACCUGCUCUCCAACCCAGAUGGAAGCCAUUUCACAGCUGCAGCCAGAAACAUCUGUAAGCUGUCAUCUGGGCUUUACGGGCGACGCCGUCGAUUUCUCUGCUAACGACGUCUUCAGAAUACGCGUCGGCUUCGACUCCAGCAUCGGCCUCUACACAUGCUCCAUGACCUUGCAGCCUAUGACCGAGCGGCAGACCCAUGUGCUCAGCAUGUCCAUGGCCCACCUGCUGGUGAAGGCAGGCCUGGCAGGCGGCGUCUUCACCGGGGAGCAAGUCAGCACCAGGCUGCCCAUAGAGCCGAGCCUGUACUCAGACCAGACCGAGCUGCUGCUCUCUAACGUGCACCCAUCUGCUGAGUUUACUGUUUACGGACCCACCACCAUCCUGUCUAACAUGGAGGUGGUGUCUACCUCUCCCAGCAUCGUUGUCAAAGAGAAGGAGGUCCACCACGGCUUCCCCAGUUACUCCAAGUACACAGUUAGUGCUGUGGACCCCCAACCAGCAGCUUCAGCUUCCAUUACUAUAAGCAGCUCCGCCUCUGGGCAGAGUUUUGUAAUCCCACUCACUUUUGUUCAUUCAGCUGAUUUCAGCACAGCCAAGCAAGCAUCUCCUCAAGCUGGUGUCAUGGAGGAGGGCAGCUCUCUGCACAGCUUCAUAAACUCCUACCAGAUGAUGUUCUGCACCUUGUUUGCUCUGCUGGCUGGUACAGCUAUAGUCAUCAUCGUCCUCCACUCUCUGUUCUCUCCAAAGGAACAAACGUACCACCCUGCGUUCAUCCAGAGGACCCCACCGCCCAUGACAGCUUUCGACUCUCCAGGAACAAACUCCUACAACCACGUGAUCCCCAGGCCCAGCCCAAACAGCAGUCCCAGAGUGCGCCUGUUCUCUCCAGACUACAAAUCCUGAUGAGUCCUCGGCUCCGUCUCCAUAUUCGCCAUGACCACACCGUCGGCCAUUAAUGCAGGAAGAACGCGCCGCCUCAGGGUGAAGCCAGUCAGAUCAGACAGAAAACCUGUUUGCCUUCAAACGGUGGUACAGAAGUAUAAAUGAUUGUUUGUUUGUUUGUUUGUUUUUCUAGAUUAUACAAUGAUCCAAGAUGAUCACAGGGCUGAUUUGAAGUUUUUUGUGUUUUUGUGUGAAAGUGUUCUGUGAUGUUUGUAUACACACAUACACAGUAUAGAUUUUUUUUUCACAAGGCCACUUGAUUAAUCACUUGUUUUGAAUAAUGCUUGAAGAUCAAAUGAGCGUUUGCUUAAAGUUUGUUGUUUUUUUAAUUACCUGUUUGUGCUACUUCUCAUAUUUGACAUGUGAACGUCCGUAACUCAGGAGAAACCAUAUUGUUGUUGUUGUUGGGCAGGAAACAGACGAACUUUUCAUAUUUAUUUUUCUGGGCAUAAAAUGAUCUUUGUAGCAACUAUGUUUUAAAAACUUCUCGUCCACUGGAUCCGUCCAAUGAAUCCGUCCUCAUUUGUGAUGAACCCUGUAAAUGUGUUUAAUUCCAACAGAGUACAGAAAAGGUUGGUUUUAUUUCAGGAGAGGGGUGAAUUUGUCUUCUGAUGUUUUGAGCCUCAAACUUGCAGUUUUUUUUCUUCCAUAUUCAUCAAUGUGAAACAGCUACAAAAUAUGAGCCUUUAUUCAGUUUUUAUUAUGUUUUUUAUAAAAAGCUCUUAAAUGUGAUCUUGUUCAUUUUUGAAAAUCUGAUACCUUUUCUGUUCAUUCUCUCGGCUCAUAUUACAGAAGUAGCUGCAACGUAAAAGUGUGACUUGGUUUUAAAUGGCGUAUUUUUGUAUUUGAGUUUAAAAAAAGCAAUUGACAAAGUUGUAUUUAUGUUGGCCAGUUUGUGAGCUUCCUGUUUUUGCCUUACUGAACAGCUUUCAGGACAUUUCAGUGUGAAUGACUGUGUGAAUAUGUGCUAAAUAAUGCUAAUGCUAAUUAAAGUUUUUACUUUUUAUGUGAA